AUGUCCGUAACAAUUUGCAAAUUUUCUUCAACUCCUCCACGGAAAAAGACCCUCAGUGCUGUGGCGGAUGUGGUACAAAGAUGGGGAUUGGCUACCAACGGAAAUUGGGAACUGGGAAGAGCAUUCUUGGCAAAAAAAAACUCUUUGGGAAAGCGUGCUUGA